AUGACCACCAGACCCCAAGCACCACCGCCACAUACAACCACAACCACUCUCACCCCAUCCACAACCCCAUCUCAACCUCCAUCCCCAUCUCCAUCCACACCUACACUCACUCACAAAAGCAACCCCAACCCCAACCCAAAUACCCUCAAACAAAUCCACCGCAUAAAAUCCCACCCAACCCUAACCCCCCACCAACGGCGCGUAUACCUCACCCUCCUCACCAUCCCCGCCGGCCGCUGGACAACCUACGCCGCCCUGGCAAAGCACCUCAGCUCCAGCGCGCGCGCAAUCGGCACCGCCAUGCGGACGAACCCCUUCGCUCCGGAUGUGCCCUGUCACCGGGUCCUCAGUGCCGACGGCGGGUUGGGCGGGUACAUGGGCGCUGGGCCAGCGAGUGGACAUGCUAAUCUGGAGCGGAAGAGAUUGAUGCUUGAGGAGGAGGGGGUGGGGUUUGAGUGGGUUGUUUCGGCUAAAGAUAGGUCUAGGAUGUGUGGUAGUAGGGCUGGUGGUGGGGAGGGACGGUGGAGGGCGAGAGGGGAGUGUUUUGUUGGGUUUUCUUCGUUGUGA